AUGUCAGAAAAAGCCCAAGUUCUGCUCGUCGGCUGCGGUGGUGUGGGGGCCAUCGCAGCGCUAAAUCUUGAAACUGGCGGCCAAGCUGCUGUAACAGCGGUCCUUCGGUCAAAUUACUCGAAAGUCAUUUCGGAUGGAUUUCACAUUAAGUCCUGCGAUCAUGGAGAUAUUUCCGGUUGGAAACCUAGCAAAGUGGUGAACACAAUCCCCACACAAUCUGAGAUGUGCUUCGAUUAUGUGGUUAUCACGGCCAAAAACACCCCAGAUAAUCCCCCAACCAUAGCAGAUUUGAUUGAGCCUGCUAUUGUUCCUGGGAAAACUGUCAUUGUUCUCAUUCAGAACGGAUUGAAUAUUGAGAAGCCAUUCCUGGAGAAGUACCCCAACAAUAUAUGUUUAUCCGGUGUCAGCCUCAUCGGAUCCCAUGAAACAGCACCGGCUGUCAUUGAGCAUGAAGAAUCCGAUCGGCUUAUUAUCGGUGCAUUCCAAAGUUCACAUUUGCCCACCGAAGCAGGAGAUGCUAUAGCUCAUCAGUUUGUCAAGAUGUAUGCCGGAGGCGGAAAAACAGACUGCAUCUUCACUUUUGAUGUCCCAUUCCAUCGAUGGCAAAAGCUAGUUUACAAUGCGUGUCUGAAUCCGAUUUGCGCAAUAACGGGAUUGGACACUGGACGCAUUCGCCUUGCGGAAGACACUGUUUCCACUUUGUUGCGACCUGCGAUGCAAGAAGUGGUGGCUGCUGCAAAGGCUGUAGGAGUCAUUCUUCCUUCGGGCAUUGAGGAUCGAAUAAUCAAUGUGGAUCCCCUAACCAUGUAUUUCCGGCCAAGCAUGCUAGAGGAUGUUCAAAAGGGCAAUCUUGUUGAAUUUGAGACCCUCGUGGGGGAGCCGUUAAGAGAAGGCUUAUCACACGGGGUGUCGAUGCCAACAUUGACAGUCUUGUAUCACACCCUGAAGGCUAUGCAGUGGAGGUUUAAGGAGCAAAGGGGAAUAAUUAAUGUUCCCGCAAAGGGUGGAUAUCUCGAGAAUGGCUCGAAAUGA